GUUGUGGCAACAGUAGCUGCAGUUAAUGCUCAAACUUGCCCCAUACAGUUGAGCUCCAUGAGCGGUCGAUUAGUCAGUAAAGGUUGAACACUGCGGGAGCUGUGCACGCCGUGUCAGUGAGGGAAACACGGGACGGUCAAAGGACGACACGCCGGCAUGAGGAGGUUUUUCCGAGCGCAGAAGGACGCAGACUACAGUCAGAUCCAGUAUCUGACAGCCAAGUGCAUCCGACUGGCGCAUGACAAAGCAGCGCUGGACAGAGAGUUUCUGGUGGCUACAGAGCGAGAGAGGAAGCUGCGGAAUGAUCUGGAAGCUGUGGCCGUUCGACUCCUCCACCAGGAGCAGAUCAACAUAGAGCUGAGGACCACACAUGACCAGCUGGUCACUAGGCUUCACCAGCAGCAGGACCUGGUGAACCUGUUGCGGCAGCAUGUGGUCCUCCUGGUGGAGGAGGGUUCCCGGGAUGCCGAGCUGCUGCAGCAGGUCGGCUCAGAGCUCCUGUGUCUGCAGAGCUCCGAGGUGAGGCUGGAGGGCCUGGUGGAGGAGCUGCAUGAUGAGGCCCAACACCAAGCUGCCGUGGCAGAGAGCCUCCAGGCGGAGCUGCACGCUGAGGCCCAGCACAGAGCUGCUUUGACAGAAAGCCUCCAGGCGGAGCUGCACAGAACAACAGCUGAGCUGCAGGAGCUGCACGAGGCCAAUAAAACCCUGAGACUGGAGCUGAAAGAUUUACACAGUGUGCAUCAGAAGGAGGUUCGGAUGCUGCAGCAGGAGAACGAAAGGAGUCUGAGGAAGCUGCAGGACAUGGCGGAGCAGUUCGAGUGGCUCUGUCAGCAGCAGCGCUACUGGAUGUGCUGUGUCAAGAGGUGAGAACUGAGUCUGACACACCAGUGUCACACAAA